UUAUUGGAUCUCAGCUGCCGGAAAGUCAUCAGGAAGAAGAAAGAGUUUCUGUUGUUGUUCUUCCGGUAUGUCACAGCAAUGGAAGCUGACGGGGGUUGCUAGCUACUUUUGUUUUUGCUUCUGUUUGAGCUAAAUAUACGAUUAUCUGCGGCAACAAUGUCUUCAUUUUCGUCUCAGAGAGAGUUUACCAACAAGCUUUUAAGUCCCGCUGAAGACACGUUCACGGAUAUUAAAGAAAUCAUCGUAAAGUCCGAGGAAGAGCUCAAUGGCAGCUUGGAUGUCAGCGAAACAACCCAAAUAGUUGUUCACAGUACAGACAUACGACCGCAUUAUGUCAAGACGGAGGACUUUUCUGGCCAGAUGAGGAACUCCUGUUGGGAUCCGGAGGAAACAGGCCAUCUGGUAAUGAAGGAAGAGGAGGAUGAGCUAAAUCAUCUGCACAUAAAAGACGAAGAUAAUGAACUCUGUAUCAGUCAAGAUGAAGAACAGCUUGUGUUGAAGCAGGAAACGGAAACCUUAUCUGUGUAUUCUACUAAUGAAGAAAAAUGCUACAGAGAACCCAAACUGAUCACGGACCAACUCCACUCUCAGGAUGGCCGUGCUGCUGAGAACCAUGAUGAGGAAGAAAGCAGUGAUGAAGACACAGAACUGAGCAGUGAUGAAGGGCCAGAACAAAAUGAUAGCUACCAGGAAACCAGAGGUUAUGAUAAAAGCUCUGAGAGUUCAAAACAAAAAGGACAGAAGAAAAUUCCCAAAGAUAAAAAUCUGUAUGCAUGUACAAUGUGCGAUAAAUUGUUCUCUCAAAAGACUCACUUGAUCUAUCACACGAGAACUCACACAGGCGAGAAGCCUUUCUCAUGUAAGGUUUGUGGAAAAUGUUUUAGUCGAGAAAGUAUUGUGAACAAUCACCUGAGAAUCCACACGGGCGAAAAGCCUUUCUCAUGUCUGACCUGUGGGAAAAGUUUCACUCUCAAGCAUAAGUUAACGGAUCACAUGAGAAUCCACACAGGCGAGAAGCCUUUUCCAUGUAAUGCCUGUGACAAGUCUUUUAACCUGAAGAGUAAUUUGAAUCAACACAUGAGAAUUCACACGGGUGAAAAGCCUUUCUCCUGUGUGACGUGUGGUAAAGGUUUUAGCCAAAGAAGUCAAGUAACACUUCACAUGAGAAGUCACACGGGUGACCGGCCUUUUUCCUGUGUGACCUGUGGAAAAAGUUACAGCCACAAAGGUCAUCUAACUGAUCACAUGAGGACUCACACAGGGGAGAAGCCUUUCUCGUGUGUGACGUGUGGAAAAAAUUACAGUCAGAAAGGCCAUUUGACCGUUCACAUGAGAAUUCACACAGGUGAGAGGCCUUUCCCGUGUAGUACGUGUGGAAAAACUUUCAGCCGAAGAAGUCGUUUAAAAAAACACGUGAGAAUUCACACUGGCUAGAAGCCUUGUGUGUGUGAGCUGUGGAAAGUGUCUCAGUUGAAGGCUCUAAGAAACAUUUCACCUGAGAAUUAACAGAGGUGAGAGGCCUUCUACUGUAACGUUUGAGGUGGUGCUCAGAAAGAAGCACCUUCUGACAUUUCUUCUGCUGUUGCUUUUGUCAUAACUUAAAUGUUUUCGAUGAUCAAACAAUGUUUAAUAAAGAUGGCCUGAGUAAAUAAAAAAUUGAGUUCAGUUUCAUCAUCCACACCCUGGCCUAAAUACUACAGGACACGAAUAUUUAAGAAAUCCCUCCGUUAGCUGCUGUCUGAUAAGAUGAAAUAGGCUUAAAGAUCUCAAAUACUCAGUGCAAAAGACUAUGAAAUUCAAAAACGAAUGAGAACCAAAGUCACUGACAUCUACAAAAGGUUACAAAGCCAUCUCUAAAACUUUAGGACUCCAGUGAAUUGCAGUGAGAGUCGUUAUCUACAAACGGAGAAAACCUGAAACAGUGUUAAACCUUGCCAUGAGUUGCUGUCCUACCAAAAUUACUCCCAUCACUUAAGUUCAGUGUUCAUUAUUCAAUAAUAGUAAAGAGACUGUGUAAAAACAGGAGGGUUCCCAGGCCGAAACCCCUGCUGAACAAAAAGGUUCAUCUCAUUUCUCCACGAAAAACCUCUUAAAGGUUCCCCAAGACUUUUGGGGAAAAAACUUUGCGGAUAUAAUAAAACUGCAGUGCUGCCAAAAAGAUGGGAUAAAAUUACAAAUCUUGAUCAAGCCACACAAAAAAGAACUUUCAGCAUCUUAGCAGAACUAUAUUAACCUCUGGCUUUUCUCUAUGAAUGUUGUAAAAUAAGACUUUUUCCUAUUAAUCAGAUACAAGGAAAAAUAUCUAAGCAAGGUAAGAAUCAGCACAAAGUACAAAAGUUUACCAAAUAUCUGAGGUAAUCAGUCAUUGUUAUCUUUUCAGGUUUUAGUAGUACAGUUCAAAGUGAAGUUCCUUUAUAUGACCCUAGGAAAUUUAAGUUGGAGUUUUAAAAUGCAGUUAUUAAAAAUGAGUGUUAAAGCAACUGUAUGUGGUUUUGUCUGGUUAGGAAAACCUUUUUAUGCAAUGUGUUAUGAGUUGACAGACAUAAUUUGGUUUGCAGACCGUUAAUCUGCUCCUGAAAGUGCGUUUACAUAGGAAUAAAAUGUAAAACACUCGCUCCAAAUGUCUCAUUUGCGUUCGGUGUGAACGCAACUUUAAGAAGUGUGAUGCAGCCAUCUACUGUUUCUGCUUCUUAGCUGAUGUUCAGACAGCUGACAUUUCUGAUAAAAUCCUGUUGAAACAAAAAAGAAAAAAUGUGCCCAGUGCUGGUUGAACCUCUGAACUAUUGUGGAAGGCUUCCAGAGCUUUAAAGGUCACAAACAGUUAGAGGAUACCAGGAGGUGGAAGGUAGGAGUAGAUGUUUAGUCUAAUUUAUAGAUUGGCUUAAGAGAGCUGCUGUCUUCAUUGAAACUGGUUGUUAUCGACGAGGAUAAAGAAGUUCGUCAACAGAAAAGAUUAAAUGAAAAAGUUGUUCUAAGGUGUGUUAAAGCAAGAAAAAUAAAAAAAUUAAAUAAAAAUAACAGGAAACAGU